CCCUCUUCCCUUAACCUCUCUGGUAGUCUGGUUGGGGUUUGGGAUUUUAGUGAGAUUUUUCUUGUCGAAUUAGGUAAGUGGACAGACGUUUUUGUCUGAGAAAGUGGAGGUUUGAAAGCAAAGAAGAAAGAUCACAGAGGAGAAAAGAGAGAGAAAUGGAUACUGAGACAAGACAGAAUAUCAAAGGUGAAUCCAUGUUUGUAGAGGAUGCUGCUAUGGAUUGGAAAGGAAGACCCUGCAAAACUGACAAGCAUGGUGGAAUGACAGCUGCUGCCCUUGUUCUUGGUCUCCAAGCAUUCGAGAUAAUGGCAAUUGCUGCUGUUGGAAACAAUCUCAUAACUUAUGUCUUUAAUGAGAUGCACUUCUCUUUGUCAAAAUCUGCAAAUAUAGUAACAAACUUCGUGGGAACUAUCUUCCUUUUGUCUCUCCUUGGUGGGUUCCUCUCAGAUUCUUAUCUUGGGAGCUUCUGGACCAUGGUGAUCUUUGGCUUUGUGGAACUCUCUGGUUUCAUCUUACUAUCAGUUCAAGCCCAUCUCCCUCAAUUAAGGCCACCCCAGUGCAACAUGGAGUCUGAGCUUUGUGAACCAGCCAAAGGCUUCAAGGCCAUAAUUUUCUUUGUAGCACUCUACUUGGUAGCAUUGGGAAGUGGCUCUGUAAAACCCAACAUAAUCUCUCAUGGAGCUGAUCAGUUCAGGAAGGAGGAUCCAAAGCAAUCCAAGAAGCUUUCUACAUACUUUAAUGCCGCCUACUUCGCAUUCUGCGUCGGAGAGCUCAUUGCCCUCACUGUUCUUGUAUGGGUCCAGACGCGAUCGGGAAUGGAUGUUGGAUUUGGACUCUCUGCGGCUGCCAUGGCUUUAGGCUUGAUGAGCUUGAUAUCUGGAACCCUAGUCUACAGGAACAAGCCCCCUCGUGGAAGUAUAUUGACUCCAAUUGCUCAAGUUCUUGUUGCUGCAUUCUCAAAAAGAAAACAAGUUUGCCCAUCUAAUUCUAAUCAGAUGCUUCAUGGAAGCCAAAGUAAUAAAGUGAGACACACCGAAAAAUUCAGAUUCUUGGACAAAGCAUGCAUUAAAAUCCAAGAUGGGCCUCAAACCAAGGAAAGCUCCUGGAGAUUAUGCACUGUAGCCCAAGUUGAGCAAGUGAAAAUAAUCCUCUCAGUGAUUCCAAUCUUUGCCUGCACCAUCAUAUUCAACACCAUUUUGGCUCAACUCCAGACAUUUUCAGUUCAACAAGGAAGUGCAAUGGACACCCAGCUCACAAAAAGCUUCAAAAUCCCACCAGCUUCACUUCAAUCUAUCCCCUACAUCAUUCUCAUAUUUGUAGUUCCUCUCUAUGAAGGUGUCUUUGUUCCACUUGCAAGAAAGUUCACAGGAAAGGAUUCCGGAAUCUCGCCGCUGAACCGGAUAGGCGUCGGCCUCUUUGUUGUUACAUUCUCCAUGGUCUCAGCUGCCCUAGUAGAGAACAAGAGGAGGAACUCAGCUGUAGAUUCAAAAGAGAUUCUGUCCAUCUUCUGGAUUGCACCACAGUUUCUUAUCUUUGGACUAUCAGAGAUGUUCACUGCAGUUGGUCUCAUUGAGUUUUUCUACACACAGUCCUUAUCAGGGAUGCAAGCAUUUCUAACAGCCAUGACUUACUGUUCAUACUCAUUUGGGUUCUACUUGAGCUCUCUCCUUGUCUCUUUAGUGAACAAGAUCACCUCAAAUUCAUCUGGUGGAGGGUGGCUCAGUGACAAUGACCUCAACAAAGAUAGACUAGACCUUUUCUACUGGUUGCUAGCUGCCCUUAGCAUCAUUAACUUCUUUAAUUAUCUCUUUUGCUCAAGAUGGUAUUCUUAUAACCCAUCUCUAUCACCCACGCCACCGCAUGAUUCUUAUGUGGAAGAAUUAGAGCACCAUAGCUCUUCAAAGCAUGUGGUUGAUGACAAUAUUAUACCUUAAAUAACAAUAUUAUAAUGACAAUAUUAUACCUUAAAUAACAAUAUUAUAAUGACAAUAUUAUACCUUAAAUAACAAUGUUAUCUUCCUAAUGAUUAUUUCUUCUUCUUUUUCAUCUCCUACUUGACUAUUGUAAAAAGAAAAGUAUUACAAAGAGAAGAAAAAUAAAGGUAGAGAGACAAUGUGUGUUGGGUUUAGACCCACUUAUAUUGAAACCUCUAUGUUUAUAACCUUUAGACUUUCCUUGUUAUCUCCUCUUUCUUUUCUUUAAUAAUUGAUUGUUCAAGGUGGACUUUUAAUGGUCU